UUGAGGAAACGUGUGAAGCUUGAAGGGAAAGAACUUGAGGAAUACUUGGAAAAAGAGAAACUAAAGAAAGAAGCUGCUAAAAAACUUGAACAAUCAAAAGAGGCAGAUAUAGAUUCCAGUGAUGAGAGCGAUGUUGAGGAAGAUAUUGACCAGCCAUCAGCUCAUAAGACGAAGCAUGACCUGAUGAUGAAAGGGGAAGGUAGUCGUAAAGGAAGUUUCUUCAAACAGGCAAAAAAGUCUUACCCUAUGUUUCCUGCCCCAGAAGAAAGAAUUAAAUGGGAUGAAUAUGGAGAGAUUAUCAA